AUGGUUCGAACCCGACUUCUCCUGUCUAGGCUUGGGCAACCUGGCAGUAUCCCAGCCCUCGUGCUUCCUUCGGGUGGCAUGGCAGCUAGGCACCGGAAAGGUGCUACAGCUGAACGCUUUAUCUUUAUUUAUCUUGAGAUGCUCCUCUGUUUUAACCCAGGAUGUGCCGAGGCCUUGAAGUCCGUUGCCGCCGCAAGUAUCACUUCUGGUGUCGAACUUCGCGAGGACGCAAAUGCGACAGCUAUAAAGCGGUAUAUCAACAGCCACAAUUCUGUCUCUUCUUCAACCGGAGUUUCCACUUCAGAGCUUGAUAGUGUGCUUAAGGAUUUAGAACGUAGAGUGAGCGUUUCCGAGUCACUUUUCAGGUUGGAUCCUCUUUCUCCCUGUUCCCUCAUCGUAUGGUCAGCCUUACUACCGUUAUUCUAUCCCGAAAGUCCUUUUGGUGAGUGCGCUCACUGUUCUCACAUCAUCUUACCUACUGAAGCCGUUUCGUUUCAUGAGGAAUUGGCGAGGUUUUUCGAGAUGGUGGAUUCUUUGUUACGAUCCGAGCAGAUUCUGCGAUUGUUCAAAGACGAUUUAAAGACCCUAUGGUCUUCUGCCCCGUCCAUCGCUCAACCGAAUUCUUGUACCUCAAGACCAGAAACAAAGGCUUGUGCUCCGAAACAAGGCAGUGCCAAGCCAAUGGCCAAAACUUCUCAGCAAAAGGCGGUGUACAGCAUCAAGCAGCCGCCUGCUAAUGAUUCUGCGACGAAAUCUGUCCCCGAUCUUCUAGAUGAUGGAUCUAGUUUACCGACAACGUUGCCUGUCACUGAGGAUGAUUUGCAUCAGGCCACUGCUUGUUUCAAACCGCUGGGAUCAUUUAAGCGUCCAGUCUAUCCCGUACCAAAAUUACCCCAGUCAAAAUCCAGCGGUGUUCGAAAUAUUCUCAUCACUUCUGCUCUGCCCUACGUUAAUAACGUUCCUCACUUGGGCAACAUGAUCGGAUCCACUCUCAGUGCCAGCGUUUUUGCUCUGUACUGUGACGUUGCUGGGUACAAUGUACUCUCCAUCUGUGGGACGGAUGAAUAUGGUACGGCUACCGAGGCCAAAGCUCUUUCGGAGCACAUGACACCUCGUCAGAUUUGCGACAAGUACCAUAAGCUACAUUGCGAUAUCUACUCAUGGUUUGAUAUCCAGUUUGACUAUUUCGGUCGGACGACGACGGAUAAACACCAAGAGAUCGUACAGGAUCUUUUCCAGAAACUGUGGGAAAACCAGUACAUCACCGAAGAUACAUUGGAACAAUUAUUUUGUGAGAAUUGUUCGAAGUUCCUCGCCGAUCGGUUUGUGGAAGGUACCUGUCCAUUUUGCAAGUACGAUGACGCACGUGGUGAUCAGUGCGACAAAUGUGGUCGGCUGAUGAAUGCUAUAGAGCUGAAGCAACCUAGGUGCAAGACGUGCCAGCAUUCACCAGUCGUCCGUUCCUCAAAACAUCUAUUCCUAGACCUACCGAAGAUUGAGUCGAAGUUGGCAGCAUUUGUUGAACAACGUGCAUACAAUCCGACGAGCUUGUGGACUACCAAUGCUCGCACAAUAUCCAGCACUUGGAUUCGUGAUGGUCUCAGACCCCGAUGUAUCACACGUGACCUAAACUGGGGUGUUCCGGUUCCACUAGAGGAGUACAAGAAUAAGGUCUUCUACGUUUGGUUCGAUGCUCCCAUAGGCUACUUAUCAAUCACAGCUAACUACACACCAGAAUGGCGUCAUUGGUGGCAGCCGACGCCGAAACAAAUCAGUGAAAUGGGACCAAUUGAAUUAUUCCAAUUUAUGGCAAAAGAUAACGUACCGUUCCACGCGAUCAUCUUUCCGGCCUGUCUGCUCGCAGCGAAUGCUGGUCACACACUUGUGCAGCACUUGCUAUCAACAGCUGCCGUGCCACCCGGAGGAAGCAUGGGGGCUGGGAUACUGCCAGGUCGCCCAGGCCUUGACAGGGGAAGUCGAGUGGCAGAGGUCGGAUUCGAACCACGAACCUUACGGUCAGUAAAUUCGCGAUCUAACCACUUGAGCCAUCUCGCCACACAGAUAUAUCGUCAGUUGCAGUCCUCCAAAUAUAUGAACUACGAGGGAACAAAGUUUUCAAAGAGUCGCGGGAUUGGUGUAUUUGGUGACGGUGCCAUGAGUUCGGGGAUUCAUUCAAACGUGUGGCGAUUCUACCUGCUCUACCGGAGACCGGAAACUCAGGUAAGCAAAUAUAUGAACUACGAGGGAACAAAGUUUUCAAAGAGUCGCGGGAUUGGUGUAUUUGGUGACGGUGCCAUGAGUUCGGGGAUUCAUUCAAACGUGUGGCGAUUCUACCUGCUCUACCGGAGACCGGAAACUCAGGAUAGCGCUUUUGUGUGGGAUGACUUUAUGCUUGUGACCAACUGCGAAUUGCUGAACAAUUUGGGCAACUUCAUCAACCGUGCUCUGGCUUUCGUUGCUCGCUUCUUCAAUGGUAAAAUCCCAAAUAUGGAUGGACUGGAUCCCAGCGACGUUGAAUUCCUGGCCCAGGUCGCUCAACUGAUAAGAUCGUACGCAAUGCAUAUGGAAGCCGGCCGUUUGCGCGAAGGACUUCGACAAAUUUUAGCAAUUUCGCGUCUCGGAAACGUGUAUUUUCAAGUUAACCAACCCUGGGUUGCGAUCAAGAAAGAAGAGACGAAGCCCAGAGCCGGUGUUGUCAUCGGAGUUGCCGCGAAUGUCGCCUGUCUUUUGGGCAUGUUGCUGUACCCCUUCAUGCCAACAAUCGGACGGCAAAUCUGGACAGAACAAUGCAAUUUGUCUACGGAUGUGCUUAGUCUUCUUUCGCUUAGUCGUCAAGACUAUAGGUUAGCACAACUCCUGCCAGCCGGGCACCAGAUUGGCCGGCCCACCCCCCUCUUCCGAAAAAUGGAGCCCGAAGAUAUCAACAAGCUGUCCAAACUCUACGGUUCAGGGAUGACGGCCAGUUCGGAUUCGCCCUCUGGUGAAAGUUGUUCGAAUCGUCCUCAUUCAGUUAUAACACCUUUAUGGUGCCUAGCUCCCAUGCUACCCGAAGGAAGUAUAAGACCUGAGAUACUGUCAGACUGCCCAAGCCUAGACAGGAGCUGUCCAGAUGCAGAGAAAUACACUCAUCUGCAACUCAAUUUGGUUUUCACUCACGAAUCAACUGAACCUCUCGUUUAUGAUGUCCUCCAGCUGAAUGUGCUGCACACAGGCCGCCUCAUGAUUCAGUUGGCACGAUAUUCGAGAAAUCGCAGUAUAUUUUCAUCAAGGAAACUACUCACAAGGUUGCUGAAAACUCCUCGACAGCCCACGACCGGUUUCGCCCUUCUUGGGGCUCAUCAGAAACUUGGGUUGGAAUGGUCGUUCGGAACGCAUGAUGCAUCAUCAUCAUCAUCCACAACACCAGUAUUCAACACCAAUGCUUCACUGCUGUACAACCAUGAUUUAUUUGAAAGCCUUAUUUUAAAGAAAAGAACAUUCACUCAGGCAAUCUGGAUAGAAAGUGACAACAAGAACGCCACUGACAUCGGUUGGCAGCCAUAUCUUGUAGUGUCUCCAACCAGGCACAGUGAGAAUCAAGCGGUCCCUAUCCUGGAAGGCGAGUAG